AUGAAAAAUUGCUUUCGUCGGUGUCGUCAUCUUCGAAAUCGAACUCGUUUCGCCGCAAUCAAAAGGGAGAACGAGCGCGAGAAACGUGCAGCAAAAGACGAGAGCGAAACGAACACUGAACUUUGUUGCGUAUCUUUCAGACGCCGCAGCUUGGCGAGUGCUUUGGCGAGUGCAUUUAUCAUGAAAAGUAGUCCCUCGUUUGCCGGGCAAGUGAUUGAUUCGAUGCAAAAAAUGCUCGACGAAACCGACGAGUUGUUGAAAAAUCCAGAGCUCUCUUCCGAGGAGAAAGAAGGUUUGGAACGAGAGAAGACGUUUUUCGAGAAGCAAAUAUCGCGGGUGCAAAAGAACGGCGAGUUUGUUCGAGAGCAGAAAGAGCGAUUGAGUAAAACCGGGAAUACGGAUCAAGCGUAUUAUGCCUCGGGUAUAAGGAUAGCGGUGAAAGACGUGAAGAGCGAGACGCAGUUUUGGGAAACCGCGAUGGGGAUGCGAGUGACGUCGAUAAACGAGAAGAGUGGGGUAGUGCGAUUGGCUUACGGAAGGGAGACGUUGAAUGAAGAUGACGGCGGGAAAGCUUCGAUUGAGAUUCAUCCUCUUGAUUCUUCUUUGAAUAAUGGCGCAAACGAUAGCAAUAAUGUGGUUGAAAAGUUAAAGUACAUUCAGUGCACGGUGCCCUUUGGUAUUCGAGUAUCGAGAGUGUACGAAGCCGGCGGGGAGUUGUUGUACGGAUUUGGAUACUUUGACUUGCGUUCGCCAAACGGAGUUCCAGUCAUCGCAAGCGUUGCGAAACGAAGAGAUUCUCUCGAAGCCGUGUGCAUAGAAUCCACCAACGUCGACGCAACAACCAACGCCAUUCGAAGCGCCUCUGACAACGGCUUGAGCAUCUACGACGCUCAAAUACCGGAAACAAAAUCCGAGGAGGACCGGAAAAAACUCACCUCGUACGUCCCUCCGCCUCCGAGAGGAUCGAAGUUCUUAACCGCUUUACAGUAUCAAAAGAACAAGGACGGUUUGCGCAUAGACGUCUUCCCAGACGCGGCUACUGUGAGAGCGAACAUGACGUUUCAAGAAAAGGUCGCGGAAAAAGCCGAGCAACUGCGUCAAAAAGCCUUCAGUAGCGGUUCAGACGAAGACGACGAGGAAGAAGCAUCCGCCGGUGAAGACGACGACUCGCAAAGCAACUUUGCGUUCCUCGGAUUAAGAGCGGUGAGCAACGCGAACGAAACCAAAGAGGUUCCGAACAUCGGCGCCGAUAAAUCGAACAGUUGGUCGUUAUUUGUAGAAUCCUUAGACGCGUUCGAAGGACGGGUGAAAGAACAGCAGCAAUAA